AUGGAGGAUCGAUGGUGCGCGGUGUUGGAUGAGGAGAUAGGAGCGUUUGUGCUUGCGGUGUACGAUGGACACGGCGGCGCGGCGGUGAGUUCGCACUUGAGCGCGCACCUGGCGCGGGAGGUGCUGGGGGAGGCGACGCUGCGGAGUGAUCCAGAGACGGCGCUGAAACGGGCGUUUAAGCGUGUGAAUGACGUCGUGUGCGAUCGGAAUCCAGGUGAUAUGCGAGGGAUGUAUGGGAGACCAGGGGCGGGUUCGACGGCGAUCAUGGCGCUGAUUAUUCCGCCUAAAAUGUACGUAGCGAACGUGGGCGAUUCGCGCGCCACGGCGUUGGACAAUCGAGGGCAGGUGACGUUUGAGUCGAAGGAUCAGCGCCCGUGCGUGGCUGAGGAGAAGGAAAGAAUAGUUAGAGAUGGUGGGUUCGUCAAGCGCGGUAGAGAUGGGACGUUGCGAACGUGUGGUAUAUUAGCGGUGUCGCGCGCUUUCGGCAACGCGGGCAUCAAGCAGUUUUUAUCCGUCGAACCGGAGGUGUACGCUGUAGAUUUGGAGACCGUUGAUUCGUUGAUUUUAUGCUCAGACGGGUUGACUGAUGUCAUGGGGAGUAAGUUGGCGAGUGAAACGAUGCGCGCGGCGCCAGUCGGCGUAGUGGCCUCUUCGCCCUCGCCCGUACGGACGAGACGCGUCGCCAACUCGCUCGUCACUCUCGCGCGCGUUCGGCAAAGUAGAGACAAUAUCAGCGCUGUCGUGCUCCAGGCGCGAAAGUUAUCGUCCAUUACGUUUCCUUCUCUAGAUACUCCGGUCUCUGAUGUGCAAGCCACGUUUGGAACGCCAGAGACGGUGCAGUAUAAUCCGGCGCCCGCCGACGUGAAGGACGGCCAAGACGCUGCGUCACGAGCGGCGCUAGAUUUCGACGCGAACAAAGAGGGCGUGACUGUAGACGAGAAGGUGAGCGCGCAAGAGCACGAUGACGAUGCGCAGGCUUCUGAUGACGAUGGACUCUCGUCGCCUGUUCCGAGUGUCAUGAGAGAAUCGACACAAGCAAUCACGCCAAUCAUUCACGCGAGCGGUUGA